AUGACAGCACCCCAAGUCAUUGUGGUCGGCGGUGGAUUGUCUGGUCUAAGUGCCGCCCACACCAUCUACCUAAACGGUGGUAAUGUCCUCGUUUUGGACAAGCAAGCCUUCUUCGGUGGUAACUCCACGAAGGCUACAUCUGGCAUCAAUGGUGCCCUCACCCGCACUCAAACCGAGCUCGGUAUUCAAGACAGCGUCAAGGCCUUUUACGAAGAUACCCUCAAGUCUGCUAGAGACAAGGCUCGCCCAGACCUGAUCAAGGUCCUUACCUACAAAUCAGCCGCAGCUGUCGAGUGGUUGCAGGAUGUCUUCAACCUCGAUCUCACCCUCGUCUCCCGCCUGGGCGGCCACUCCUUCCCUCGUACCCACCGUGGCCACGAUGCCAAGUUCCCCGGUAUGGCUAUCACAUAUGCGCUUAUGCAGCGUCUGGAGGGGCUGGCCGAUGCUGAGCCUGGCCGUGUACAGAUUGUGAAGAAGGCUAAUGUCACUGCGAUCAACAAGAAUGGCAACAUCGUUACUGGAGUCACAUAUACCGUCAGCGGCGAAACAAAGACUGCUGAUGGUGUGGUUAUUCUGGCCACUGGUGGCUAUGCCGCUGACUUUAGUGAAACCUCUCUACUCAAGAAGCACCGUCCCGAUACCUUUGACCUAUCCAGUACCAACGGCACCCACGCCACCGGUGAUGGCCAGAAGAUGUUGAUGGCCAUCGGUGCGAAUGGGAUCGAUAUGGACAAGGUUCAGGUUCACCCGACUGGUCUCGUGGACCCUAAGGACCCAAAUGCCAAAUUCAAGUUCCUGGCGGCAGAGGCCCUCCGUGGUGAGGGUGGUCUGCUGCUGAACUCGGAUGGCCAACGGUUCUCAGAUGAACUUGGUCACCGCGACUAUGUCUCCGGUCAAAUGUGGAAGGAGAAGGAGAAGGGCAAGUGGCCCAUUCGUUUGGUGCUCAACAGCAAGGCAUCCAAGGUGCUGGACUUCCAUACCCGCCACUACUCCGGCCGUGGCUUGAUGAAGAAGGUGACUGGCAAGGAGCUGGCCAAGGAGAUCGGCUGCGGCGAGGCUGCGCUGAAGAAGACCUUUGACGAGUACAACCUCAUUGCUGAUGGCAAGAAGAAGGACCCCUGGAACAAGAAAUUCUUCCACAACCUGCCCUUCACUAUUGACGAUGAAUUCCACGUCGCUCUUAUGGAGCCCGUUCUUCACUUCACAAUGGGCGGUAUUGAGAUCAACGAGCACGCCCAAGUGCUCAACAGUGAGGAGAAGCCUUUCGAUGGCCUGUAUGCCUGCGGUGAGUUGGCCGGUGGUGUCCACGGUGCCAACCGUCUGGGUGGUUCCUCUCUCCUGGGCUGUGUCGUGUACGGCCGUGUUGCUGGUGACUCUGCCAGCCAGCAUCUCUUCCAAAAGCUCCUCACCACCGGCUCCUCUGCCCAACAGCGUCUGGGCCAGAUCUCCUUGCACAUCGAUCCAUCUACCCCUGGCAAGAUCUCCGUUGAGUGGGGCGGUGCCGCUACCAGUGGCAGUUUGCCUACUAUUGCUGCUACUGCUGAUGCUCCUACCUCCGCACCUGCUGCUCCAGCCGAACAAGACAAGCCGGCCAAGUUUGAAAUCCCCGAGAAAGAGUACACCAUGGAUGAGGUCGCCAAGCACAACAAGAAGGAAGACCUCUGGAUCGUAGUCAAGGGCAUUGUCCUUGACGUGACUAACUGGCUCGAUGAUCACCCAGGCGGUGCCAACGCCCUCUUCAAUUUCAUGGGCCGUGACGCCACAGAGGAAUUCGCUAUGCUCCACGAUGACGAAGUGAUCCCCAAAUACGCUGGUCACAUCGUGAUUGGCCGUGUCAAGGGUCAAACCCCCAGCUUGGACCUGUGA